AUGGAGCAUGUUUCAACUACUAAAACUUUGCUUCGUGUUUUGAGAGAGCAAGAGUUUGAUAUUUUACUCAGUUGCGUGGAACAAGUUUCUAAAAAGUAUGACAUUGAGAUACCUCAAAUGGAAGCACGUUACAAAUCUAGUAGAAGUCGUUCUUGUCAACAAAAUGAUUCGAUUACAAUUAAGAACCACUAUCAAUUUGAUGUAUUUGUUGCUACAAUAGGUUUUCAAAUUGAAGAGCUCGAUAGUAGAUUAAAGGACGAGGCAGUCGAACUUUUUAAGCUCAGUAGUGCUUUGAAACCUAAACACAACUUUAAACUUCUUAAUGUUGAUCACAUCUAUCAACAUGCUGAGAAAUUCUAUCAUCUAGAUUUUGAUGCACAAGAUUUGCACCACUUGAGAACACAAUUGGCUCACUAUGAGCUUGACAUGCCCGUCAAUGAAAGAUUUCAGAAUUUAUCAACUAUUUAUGAAUAA